UAAUUAAUAAAAAAAGAAAAAGAGAACCCCUGCCUCACCGCCGCCGGCGUCCUCCGCUUCAGGAUAUGAAUUUCCAUUUGUAAAGAGAAAAUGCCGCACAAAACUCGACCGAUGGCUGCACUUCUGGUUUUUACUGGAUUGAAUGCUGUUUUGGUUUCAACCAUUACCCCCGUUUAUGAUUUCGUGUGCUUCCUUCCGUACUGGGAAAGAAGGAGAGAACGUCUACGUAAGGAACGUGAAGCUGCCUCUACCAAAGAUUUCGCAUCGUCGUAAAAUCACAAAAUCAGGGUUUGUCACACUUUUUGAUUUUGUUCGAAUUUUUUUACCGUAAUCUUAUGUGUACACAUAGAUGUGAAAAAUAUAUGUUAUAAUUAGCAAAAACUCUCUGGAUAAUUUGACAACUGUUUUGGAAAGAAAUCUCGAGACUUGUCAAUGCAUUGUAGAGGAUGAUUGUAAUUCUAAGAAGCUAAGGCCUCGUUUGGUCGGUAAAUUUUGGACCUCAUAAAAUGUGCUAUAAUCUUGAUUAUUCCCCGAUCUUGGUAACCAAACGAGGCCUAAAUAAAUAAUUUCCAGGAAAUGUUUUAAGUGACUUUCGGAUACUUCAUUUUGUAUUAUUACCAUUGAUAUCUUGUAUGGUAGGGUUUCUCCACUCUUGAGUAACCUGCUGCGAUCGCUUUUCGAAUGUCGAUGUUUGUGUAUUCUAUUAUUCGAUACGGGUUGUUAGCUAGAGCUAUCGAUUACUAAUUUGCACUUUUUUGGAUUAUUUUUAUUUUGUAAUCGAUAUCAAAAAUUUGUCAUUAUAA